AUGAAUGAACAAGGAGAGUCUAACAAUUGGAAGGUGACAGAGGCCCUCUACGAGCGACUGAGGAGGACCCAGCGGCGAGGAAAGAGUCGAGAUAAUGAGCUCAUGGAUCUUCUUAACGACCUCGUCAAAUAUAUUGAAUGGCAAAGGUAUGUUGCUGGUCGUCGGAAUCAUAAAUGGGAUGAGAACCUACAACCGAUGAACCAAGACCGAAAUGGCUACACCGACCACGAAAUGAUGCAAGACUUCAAGAAACUCAAAGCCGACGAUGACCGCUCUCCAGUCGAGCCCGCCCUCAUCGCCGAAGUGAAAUCCGCUCAUGAAGAAUGCCAGAUCCGUCAAUUCGAGGUCGACGAGCUCGAGGUCUACCUGCAGCACAAGCUGAGCGAGCUGGAAAAGGCACACGAGCUCUUCCGUGAUCGCAUGUGCGAGAUCAAACGACUCUUUGGUCGCGCCCGUGCGCGUUCCACCGUGCGCACACGACCCGUGACAUUCCCCGCUCACGAGCAGACGACAGAGAGCAGUGAAAGCCCGCCAAAAUCGAACCACCCAGUUUCAAGCGACUUCAGAGUAGGCUCCUUCGUUUGCGUGAAGGAUGUGGAAGAUAAAACAACGCGCGUGAUGGCUCCGCCCAUCCCUAAAGAUGUACUCGAACUGUCGCAGGAGAAAUUCGGGAAGGAACGUCCUUCUAAAUGGAAGAAGAGAUGGAGUAGGGUCAAGAAAUCUUUCAGGAGACGAAACAACAAUUAAGAAACUCAACGCGGCAAUGGGAAAUCAGGAUUAAUUCGGAAAAAAUAUCAGUUGACCAAUGAUGAAUUUCAGGACCGUCUUUCCCAAAAGGUGUGGAAAUUGAAAGGGGAAGUGAAAAUAAUUCGCACGACAAUCAUGUACUUCCUGUGCUAGAUAUUCUAUUCUGCAGAAAAAAAUUAUCACUGAGAGACGAACAUGCAUUAUUUUUUCUGAAAAAUGUCAACUAUUGAACAAUGACUAA